AUAAUCUUUAGUUUUCUUGAAUUAGUUUACAUUUUUAUGCAUUUAAGUUUCUAAAGAAUGGAUUCUUGGAGCUUUAGUUCUGUGGGCAAAGAUUUUGCAUCUGAUGGAUCUCUCUCAACUUCUGAUGCAUUUGGUAAAGAUCAAAUUGGGUCAAUGGGAUGGGAAGUCAAACCCCCUUUUGUCUUUGAGAACAAUAUGGGUUUGUUCCCAAAUGAAAUCAACAUUCAGAAUCAAGUGUUUGGGGACAUGGAUUUUCCUCCAUUGAUGAUAAAUUCUUUGUUCAAUCCAGUUAUGGCUGCUUCUCAGAAUGCAUUUUCUGAAGAAAAUGAUUCUAGUUCUAAGCUUGAAUCUAACUCUAGAGAGUCUGGACUGUUUGAUCUUAAGUUAGGUAGGGUUAUUGAUCCAAAAGAGGUUCAGAAUUACAAUCCUUCCAAGAUUGCUCACAAUUUGAGUUCAUCAGAAGUUUCUAUGCCAUCCAAGCGACCACGAGAAGCGGGUUUCGGUUCUUCGAUACCAUUUUGCAAAGUUUAUGGUUGUAAUAAAAACCUCAGUAACUGUAAAGAUUACCAUAGAAGGCAUAAAGUUUGCGAGGCUCACUCAAAGACUUCUAAAGUGAUUGUGAAUGGCAUUGAACAAAGAUUUUGUCAGCAAUGUAGCAGGUUUCAUUUGCUGCGCGAAUUUGAUGACGGCAAGAGGAGUUGUCGAAAACGUCUUGCUGGUCAUAACGAGCGUCGAAGGAAACCUCAUCCGGGCGCUCUCGCUGAACGAUAUGGUAGAUUGCUUCCAUCCUAUAAUGUUGGUGUUGAAGGUAAUGAAUCUAAGGGAUCUACAAGGGCGAUAUCGUCUUUUCACAUCCCCGACCACCUUCGUAGUCCGUAUCAGCCGAAACAUGAGACGGAUGGAAGGUGGCAAACGAAUCUUGAAGAGAAUAUGGCUCAUGAUCUUCAGUCAAUUAGUUGCAUUACUGAUGAACAGCUUCAUUCAAAAUCUUUUCAUCCUUAUCACUUUGAAACAGAUCCUAGAUUUGACGGCGUCCUUAACGCACCAAUUGGGCUAUCAGGAAUAGCUUCGAGUUCUGAGUGUGCUCUCUCUCUUCUGUCAUCUGAUCAUCAAUCUCGGAGUAGCUGUAAUUCGUCAAGAAUCCCGACGUCGACAAACAUGUUUCCAGCCAGCCAUAAUCAUCAAGAUUCAGGACCGUUGGAUACGAAUCCAAUGGUUGGGUUCGAGGGCGGUCUGCUGAAGUUUGGAUCAAAAGACAUGAAUUAUGAUGAUCUGGUUUUCCCAAAUGAAGGGUGUACGAUUGAUUUGCUGCAGUUAUCGUCACAGCUUCAGAGGGUGGACGAUCAUCAAAAGAGAAGAUCGCAAAUGAAGCUCGCAAAUGGUGUUUCCGUAGGCCUCAGUAUGACUUGAUUAAAAAGCCACCUUGACAUGCUCGUGAUUGUAGUUCUCCGAUUGCAAAUAUGUCGCCGGCGAUCAAGCACUAGAAUAAAAACCAUCUGUUCAGUUACCCCUUUUCGGUUUCUUCCAAUAAGAUUUGGACAUGUGUAAAGAUAGGGGGCAAUAAUA